CCAAAGCAACAACCGCAUCCAUUAAUUCCAACGCGUCCACUGCCGCAACUACCUACACCACCUACACAGUAUGACCAGGGUUCGUCGAGCCCUUACAUGAGGCGCAAACAGGUUCGCGCCACGCAGGCGUGCAACCACUGUCGAACACGCAAACAGAAGUGUGAUGAAGCAAGACCAUGCCAGUUCUGCAGAGAGAACAACUUAGAUUGCCAGUACAAGGAAGUGCCACCUCCAAAACAAGAUCGUAGCAUGAUACAACUUCAGGAGAGCGUAAAUGACAUUUACGAAGUACUGAAAAAUCAUGUAGGAGAGGUCACCUCAUGGAGACAGAGCGUCGAGACCAGACUCCCCUUGACCAACCCGAACCAGACCACGAACCUUGCUUCGCCAGAAGCAGGUUUCACAGCACCCAACAGACCACAAUCACAGAUGUCUCCUUCAGCAUCACAAGCAUUGACUCCGAUCAAGCAAGGGUCCAUGUUUGCUCCUCCUCAGCAACCAGCAACACCGGUUGACAGCGUCAGAAGCGAGCACAGUGGUGCAACGGGACUACCACCCAAGGAGAAGAGCGGAUUACAGAGUGACCACACCACACCAGCACAUAAACUGUUCGAGGAGUGGCCCUCGAUGGGGCACUUCUGCCGGAACAUCGACUAUAUUGAGAAGUUGAUCGAAGGCGGCCACGAAGUGUCAGAGUACCCAAUGCUGCUCGAGCAGGACCGAGGCCUGCUUCGCGUUUGGGGAGUUGGUGAGGGCCAGGAUCUCAACGAUGGAGCCCAAGGACCAGGAAGCCCUGACAGUGGCGGCGACGCGGAUGCCUCCUCUCCUGCACCUGGCAGGGAGGGCCUCUGGGGCUGCCCACCUGCAGAUACCUCCAGCCCAGGAACAGUGCCUGGUGAGAUUCCCAGCAGCCACCCUCGACAAGAAAGCGACGGCGGACUUGGACCAGACGGCAGGCCUGAUUUCCGCUCACACAUUCUUUGGGAGUUGUAUGACUCCUACAUCGAAAACAUCCACAAACUGCAUCCCUUCAUGGAUGCCAGUAAGCUCAGAAGGAUGAUCAAUGAAUUCAGCGAGCAGUACAGUCCGGACAUCAACACCAAACACGCCGGAUCACCAGCCGCCAACGCAUUGGCAAACCACCAGCUUAGCCAGAGCCUGAAGCGGAAGCGAUCUGGUAGUGCAUACGCAAUCGAACGCUCCCUGCGUAAUGCCCUCGUCCUCCUUGCCCUCGCGCUCGGCAAGGUCUGCGCUCAUCACGACCCAUUACCUUCGCCUCAGAGUGACAGGAUGUCGCACACGAAUGGUGGCUGGGGUGUGCAUGCCAACGGCAGCUUCAACAAUCGACCACGCAAUUUCGACGUCUUACCGGGUAUGGGCUACUUUGCCUACGCAACUGACAUCCUUGGAAAUCAACAGGGCGGCAACACAGUGGCACAUGCGCAGGCAAUGAUCCUAGCUGCACUCUACCUGAGUCAAUUUGCUCGUGUCUUGGAGAGCUGGAGCUGGAUCAACAACGCUUGCCGUGUCGUCCUUGUCCUUAUCAAGGCGGACUACCAGAAGCUCGACCGGAACUGGUGCCUGGAGAACAGGGCAUCUCUGCCUCCGCAAGAGCGUUACCGGCUCAACCUGGUUAUGCGCGUAUACUGGACUUGUCUUCAGCUCGAGUCAGAUAUUCUGGCCGAGAUGAGCACGCUGCCACCCAGCAGUAUCACAGAUUUCCAAAGCGAGAUCGCGUAUCCAGAUGGCGUAUACGAAUCGGUACCCAUCGAAUCUGGAACUAGUGUUGAGAAGAAGUUUUUUGCCAACCCAAAAACACAGGAAGCAUUUAUGCUCAUGCACAUAAGUCAAAUCUGGCUUCGUGUCAUACUAAACGAGGCGCAUAACAUGCUCUAUGGCAGGAAUGCUCGCCGCAGCUUUGAAACCGUCAAUAUCAAAGAGGUCGCGCAGCGUGCCACAGUGCAUGUGUGUAUCCUCGAGGAUUGGAGACAAGUCCUGCCGUCUACGCUGGCCUGGAACGACGAUGACCCACCGGCUACUGAUAUCAAUGUUGCACGUUUACGUGAUAAGUAGUUCCUCCGCCUCGUUGCUGCACCGUGGCCUCAACCACAGCGCUGAGCCGUGUUGCCCAUAGAUGUCUCAACGCGCUCACCGCCGUCCGCAGCCAGCUACGUCGCGACUGUAACAAAGAGGGUCAAUCUAGGCUGUAGAUGCUGGAUGAUGAGAAGUGCGUUGCAAUGGGGGCAAUGCCAUCGCGAA